CAUCACUGAAUUUCGCAAAACCAGAGCCACAAGCUAUUCUUACCUUACUCUCCAAGUCUUCUCUCUCUCUUUUCUCUCCUUCCUUUCCUAAAGUUUGCUUCAUUUUCAUGUUGUAGUCCAUAUUGCAAUGACCUUUUCUUUGUGGGAAAAUCUAAACGCCUUCUGUAAUGUCCAUUUCAAAUGGGGUUCUUCUUCCUUUUAUUCUCCUAAUGGUUUCGACAUCUGUGUUUUCACCCAAGCCCACGGUGUUCGGGUCCUCUGUUCCAGAACAGAGCUUUAACAGAAUCGACCCUCUGCAUCACUUCAAGCACUAUAGGGGGGGCUACGACAUUCGAAACAAGCAUUACUGGGCUUCUACAGUAUUUACAGGCGUCCAUGGCUACGCAACUGCAGGAGUUUGGGUGUUAUGCGGGUUGGGCUUUGGGAUUUUCAUGGUUGUGAGGAGUCUAUGUUGCAGCUCUCCGACAAUCAUAAAGCAUUCGAAUUCCUACCACUUGUUCACGUUCUUUCUAGUUCUUCUGCUCACCUCUCUUGCCAUAGUAGCAGCCAGUAUUGCCCUUGCUGCAAACCAGAGAUCCUUUCACAGAAUGAGGAAGAUGAAGGAAGCCAUUGUUGGAGUAGGUGGAGAUGCUCACAAAACUAUCCGAGAAGUAUCAAAAACAAUGGAACAAAUGCAAAACAUUUUACUUCCUUAUGAUCCAACCACAAGUGCUCGCUUGAAUCUGACAGCCCAUCAGCUUGGAAGGGAAUCAAAAACCAUCCAAGACUUUGUUAACAAGGAUGGGGAUGAAAUUGAGUUAGCAAUUAAAACUUCGUACCUGGUACAUCUGGGGGUAUUAGCUCUCAACUUGGUACUCUUGGUUGCUGCACUAGUUCUGCUCUUGUUGCAUUGGCACCCCGGAUUUAUCAUGAUAAUUUUUUUCUGCUGGAUCUUAACAACUCUAUGUUGGGUUCUAACCGGUAUUGACUACUUCCUCCACACCCUGGGAGAUGAUACGUGUUCAGCUUUGGAGGAUUUUGAUCAAAGCCCUCAUAACAAUAGUCUAAAUUCAAUGCUACCAUGUGGGGGUUCAUCAAAUUCAAAUAAAGCCUUAGUGGAAAUCAGCUAUACCGUCCAUAACUUCAUAGAUGAGUUGAAUUCAAAAGUAAAAGAGUUACACGAGUUGCUUCAAGUAUUUGGUCCGGAAAAUUUAUUAGGAUUUUCUGAGAUUUGUAACCCUUUCUCCGGUCCGCCUAACUACAGCUACAUUCCAGAAAAGUGCCCAAAGGACGCAUUGCCAAUCAGCGAAUUACCAAAUGUCCUUGAAAAGUUCACCUGUUACAACGAAUAUUCUAACGGAACAUGCAAAGGAGUGGGGAAAUUCCUUCCUGAAGACACUUACGACAAGGCUUGGGCUUAUAGUGAUUCCAUCCAGGAUUUGCUGAACAUAUUUCCUGAUUUGCAGAGCCUGACCACCUGCUCCUUUGUGAGGAACGCAUUCUCGGAAGUUGUUGCCCAUCAGUGCAGUCCAUUCAAGGUUUCCAUUCGGUUGCUAUGGGCGUCAAUGCUCUCUCUUUCCAUUGCCAUGUUGCUUUUAGUAUUAACUUGGGUAGUAAAAGCUUUUCAGGAAAGGGGAAGAUGUUUCUCCAUGUGUUCCAUCAUCCCCAACCCUACACAGGAAAAUCAUAGGACACCCAGAUCAGAGGAAAUUUACACAUAGAAAAAUAUAGAGUUAGAUAAAAUGUUUGUACAAGAAACUCAAAAGACCACACCUGUAAAUGUACAUAAGAGAAAUGUAAACCAUUUUACCUUUUUUUAUUCUUGGGCUUCAAUUACCAUAAUGACAAAGACAGUGAGCAGAAG